AGAUUUAAACACCGAUGAGACGCAGACGAGCAAGUGCUUGGUAACGAAAGACGCUUUCUGAUUUUCUGUUUUUAUCUCAGAAAAAUGGAGCAACAAAACAAGAUGAAAGGGGGUUAUUCUCACGUGAAUUCAUAUGAAUUGAUGUGUUUGGAGAAUCAAGGAAAAGAUGGAUAUCAAAGUUCUGAGAGAAUCCUGAUGGCAUUCAAAGUGUUAGAUGACAUUGUACCCAAACUUGGAGUGUAUGCCCGACUGAUGGGUCGUAUUAAGGAGGAUUUACAUGCUUCAGUUUAUAGUUCAGAGUUAACAACAGGGCCAGAUGGUGUAGUUGUGAACCAGCCAUAUUUUACUUUGGUUCAGAGGACAUCAACAAAGGAAGCUGAUAAGAUAGAUAUGUUAAAUGAACAGUUAGAUACAGUGAAAAGGAGAUUGUUUGAAAAACACAAACAGUUUGAAGAAAGUCAACAGAAAAUUGAAGAAUUUGAAGAAAAUAUGGACAAUUUAGAAGAAAAAUCUCUUGGAUUGGAAAAGCUUGUAGCUAAUCAAAAGGCUGAAAUUCAGAAGCUUGAAGAGGAACUUCGAGAUGAGAAAGACAGAGCUGCGGACAUGGAGCACAGACUACAGGGAGAUAUACAUGACUUACAGGAUUCCAUUGAUGAAGGCAACCAAGAAAUAGAAACUUUGUCCAGAUACAAGAAAGGCUACGAUGACUUAUAUUUAGCCUUUCUAGAUACAGCAGAAAAUGAGUUCACAAAAAAGAGAAAGCAACCAGUUAUUUCCACAAAAAGGGCAAAUCUGAUCAACAAUAUUGAAUCAGCACAGAAACUUGAGGAACAAUUACAAACCGUGCUAAAUACAGCUGUCGAAGAAUUUGACAAAUUUCUAGAAGAACACAAGGAUGAAUUACAAAAGAUAGAAACCGGCAAAGAAGAUGUAACUGAAGCAGAAUUAGAAAUACAAGAGAUGGAUAUAGAACAAGCUGACCAGGAGCUUGAAGCUGUUCAGGAGAGAUUUAAAAACACAGUUGGUGAUAUAACUAAUGAGCUACAACUGUUGAAACAUCACAGUCUUACACUACAAGAUCAACUACAGAAACUAGAACUUAGUAAACCGUCACAUGGGAGAAAAGAAUUGAAAAUAUUAGAACCUGAGGGACUCACAAAGGGAGAUUCCAUUCUUUCCGCUGGAUUAGGAGAUGAAGAUGAAAAGAAUUCUGAACCAGAUCCAUUUAUUCCUCAGGAACAAGUCUUCAGUAAAUACGCUGCUAUGGUCUAUACUUCCAGUAACAAUGGGAAAUCAUUUGAUACAUUUAAAGAGGCAGACUUUUGUCCUAGCUGUGGAGAGAAGACUGUUAUUUGUCCACACAAGUUACCUGGUAGUGAGAAGGUCUUCAAGUUACCUCACAGUUGUACUCAUAUAAAAAUAUCACGUCCCAAGGUCAGGGUCAACAAGGAUAUUAUUGAAGAGAUAAUGAAACCAGUUAGUCCAGAAUACACCAUUGAUAUGGCUCCUAGUUCUGCAGAUACAUCAGGGUACCAGAGGAGACCAGUCACAGAUUCUGCUACCUCUAGAGGAAGUCCUAGUAUCAUGAGUAGUGAAGCACAUAUGCCUCAUUCUUUACACAGACUGUUUGAUGACUACAAGGACAGGACAAAUGUAGAAAGAAACAUUCCACGGCCAUUGCCUUUGGACAGGACUUUGUCACAGAUAGAACAGUUCUGGUCUUAUCUAAUGUGGACUGAUGAAAAUAUUGAUGAAAAGACAAUCAGGAAUUCUGUUUUGGAUUAUUUAUACAUGUUUAUGAAAGAACGUUACAUCAUUGAAGACAUCAUGUUUCUGUGUACACAUGAUUUCCUUUCAUCAGUAGCUGAGCACUCAGGAAAUGACAAGACUGUACAAGUGUUUGGGAACAUUUUAGCUGGUAAUUUAGAUGGAGCCUGUUUCAGAUACACCAUGUUACUGUGUGAUUUUAUUGAUCAAGUUGAAUGGAAAGAAGUUGAAGACUUCAGAGUAUUCGCUGGUAUAGCCUACAGGAGUAUGGAUGAUGAAGAUCUAGAGACAUUACAGAUGACCUAUACAUCAUUCAGUGAGAAUAAGAUUUCUGGACAACUUGUCUGUCAGUUUAUUAUGCAUUUGAUUCUCAAAUGUAGAGAACCAAGAGUGUUUGAUUUUGAGAACAAGUUACUGCCAUUUAAAACUCAUGAUGCCGGACAACAGGUGCUGACAGAGAAGGAAUUUAUGGACGCCAUUGAUCAGUUUGUUCCUCUGUCUAAUGAGAAGUUGAGGAAAAAGCUUUACUGGGAAUCAGAAACUGCUGUCAGAUUUGAUGGCUUACGGGAUGUGGUACCAAUAUCCAGACUGGCUCAAAUCACUGCAUACCUUGAUUUAGCUGAGUCAGCAAAUAUGAUCAAAUCAACAAUAGGAAAGAAAGUAGAGGAAGAGAGACAAAGACCGAAGUCUGCUGGUUCAGAGAAGGGUGUCCAUGAAUCUCAUGUUGUUCCACCAGGAGAGCCAUUAAUUAGUAUGACAUCUGUGAAAAACCUGGCUGUCAAUGUGUCAAGGAGGAAUAUGAUAAGGAAGGAGAGAUAUGAAAACCAAGAUGAGGGCGACUGGUAUUAAUUAACAGUUCAUUCAAGAAUUAAUGAUUGUAACCUUAAGGUUAUAGAACUGUGUGAUAUAUGAAUUGUAGUUGACAUGAUUAAAGA